GUUCGAAGUUCGAACUCCUCGUCCUAAAAAACGAGAAAAUGGCACCUUGUGUUCCCUCCAUUUCUUCGGUUUGCAUUAAUCGAUUCUCUGCAACAAAUUCCAUAGCCAUGGCGGGUUUGUUCACUCACAUAUCCAAAAACCAAGCCCCUUUCUCUCUGUUGAAAAUAACCAGAAGCUUCGGUUUCACCUCGCUUCCCACCGCGAGAAAACCAUUCAGAAAUUCAUUUCAAGUGAGAUCGGUUGCUGCUCCUGCUGAAGCUGUUAUUGGUUUUGAUGAGAUGGCUGCUGGGACACAACGGAAAUAUUAUAUGUUAGGUGGGAAAGGAGGGGUUGGAAAGACAAGCUGUGCUGCAUCUCUUGCUGUAAAAUUCGCAAACAAUGGGCACCCCACUAUUGUAGUAUCCACUGAUCCAGCACACUCCCUGAGUGACUCUUUUGCCCAGGAUUUGACUGGGGGGACACUAGUACCAGUCGAGGGGCUAGAAUCUCCACUAUUUGCUCUUGAGAUAAACCCUGAGAAGGCUAGGGAAGAGUUCCGUUCUGCUAGUCAAAAAAAUGGUGGGACUGGGGUCAAAGACUUUAUGGAUAGCAUGGGUCUUGGAAUGCUUGUUGAGCAGUUAGGAGAACUAAAACUAGGAGAGUUGCUGGACACACCUCCUCCUGGUCUGGAUGAAGCUAUUGCAAUUUCCAAGGUUAUGCAAUUUGUUGAAGCGCAAGAAUACAGUAUGUUUACUCGGAUAGUUUUUGAUACUGCACCCACAGGUCAUACUCUUCGACUUUUAUCCCUGCCAGACUUCUUGGAUGCAUCCAUUGGCAAGAUCUUGAAGCUAAAGAAGAAACUAACUUCAGCAACUUCAGCCAUCAAAUCUGUUUUUGGGCAGGAAGAUACCAAGCAGGAUGCUUCUGACAAAUUAGAGCAACUGAGGGAGAGGAUGGGGAAAGUUCGAGAGCUUUUCCGGGACACAGACUCAACUGAAUUUGUUAUAGUAACAAUUCCCACGGUCAUGGCUAUUAGUGAGUCUUCAAGGUUGCGUGCUGCUUUGAAGAAGGAAAAUGUUCCCGUCGAAAGGCUUAUUGUUAAUCAGGUUCUACCACCAUCAGCAUCAGACUGCAAGUUUUGUGCAAUGAAACGGAAGGAUCAGAUGCGUGCCCUUGAUAUGAUACGGAAUGAUCCUGAACUUUCUGGGUUGAGGACAAUCCAGGCACCCCUAGUUGAUGUAGAAAUCAGAGGUGUUCCAGCUCUUAAAUUUUUGGGGGACAUGGUUUGGAAGUAAUGUUCUGUUCCAGGAUAUAUGCAUAAUAGUUUGUGGUUCAGUGACUCAUCCAUAGAAACUGCAAGAAACCAAUCUUUUCAUGGCAGCUGCUUGCGCAUCAAGAUCUGUCCAUGUCCGUACAGAAAAAAAUCCCUGCAUCCUCGAAUGAUAGUUUUGGAUGCUGACAGACGUAGCUUCCAAAUUGAGGAAAUUAAGGUAAAUUCGGAAGUUUUUGGUUGUGUAGUGGAACAGGAAACUGGUGAUUCUUUUCCUGAAGUUUUUUUUGUUUAAUGUAUUGGGAAUAUAGCUGCUGUUCUGAAAUCUUGUUUUUCUGUUCCCUCCAUUGGAUGGAAGCUGAGAAAUGCCAACUAUAAGAUGGAUGAUGACAGCACAGUCGUCCAACAUCCCAAAUGCAUCUCUGCGAUGCUACAGGUUUACUUUGAA